CCACAUCCUGGCAGCAUGGAAAUGGGGACGGCCACGUCCCACGGUUCUGGCACCGUGCGAGCUGGCAGCGCUGGCGAAGGCGGCGAUUUCCCGAGCGGCACGUGGGGACGAGCCACCAACCAGCUCGGUGACGGCCACCACCACUGGGGAGGAAGGAACCGGGACCCUCAGUCCCCGAAGAGCCCGGCCGACCCCUGCAGGAGCUCCGGCACCACCACCAUGGUGCCACCGGGCUGGAUCCUGCUGCCGCUGCUGCUGCUGGUGCUGAGCAGCCCCUCCACGCCGUGCCCCCCGCAGCCCAACGCCACCCGCUUCGUCUGCACCGAGCCCACCCUGCGCACCUUCCCCGGGGGGCUGCCCCCCACCACGCUGGCCGUCUCGGUGGAAUUCACGGCCGUGGCCACCCUGGCUCCCGACGCCCUGGCGGGGCUGCCGGAGCUGCAGGAGCUGCACCUCGCCUCCAACCUCCUGGCCUCCCUGCCCGAGGAGCUGCUGUGGCCCGUGCCCGCCCUGCGCGUCCUCGACCUGACGGCCAACGCGCUGCCCGAGCUGCCCGCCCGCCUCUUCCAGCGCUCCCAGCUCCUGCAGCACCUGGUGCUGCGGGGGAACCGCCUGCGGGCGCUGCAGCCCCCCUGGUUCCAGCACCUCGCCCGCCUGCGCUGGCUCGACGUGGGGGCCAACGCGCUGGCGGAGGUGCCUGCGGAGGUUUUCCACCCGCUGGUGUCCCUGCAAAGCCUGGACCUGUCCCACAACCGCCUGGAGAGCCUGGACGGGCGCUCGCUGGCUGGGCUGCGGGAGCUGGAGCGGCUCGACCUGGAGGGGAACCGGCUCCGUGCGCUGCCCCCCGACGCCUUCGCGCCCGUGCCCGCCCUGCGCCUGCUUUUCCUGCAGGGCAACGAGCUGCGGGCGCUGCCCGCUGGCCUCUUUGCCCCCCUCAGCCACCUCCAGGUCCUCGACCUGGCGCACAACCGGCUGCGGGCCCUGGAGCUGCCCCCGCGCCCCCCCGGCCCCCCGCUGUCCCUCGACAUCUCGGGCAACCCCUGGGCCUGUGAGUGCCCGCUGCUGGAGCUCCUGCGGCGCGCGGCCCCGCAGCUCGUGGCCGCCCGUGGCACCCUCUGUGCCAGCCCCCCCCACCGCCAGGGACAGGAGGUGGGCACCCUGAGCCAGGCUGGGGACGCAGGGUGCCAGCCCGAGGAGGAUGGGCAGAGCCUGCCCGACCCCUAGGUAAAGGGAUUGGGGUCGCCCAGGUGCCCGCCUGGGUCCCCUCCUGGGUCCCCUCCUGGGUCCCCUCUUGGGUCCCCUCCUGCCCUGAUGCUGUGUCCCCAGCUGAGCCGGGUUCUCCUGGGGAAACUGAGGCAGGGGGAGCCCAAUCCCCCUGUUCCCAUCCCACCUUCUCCACCCCGAUGGCCCCCAGCCCUGUCCCACCUGUCCCACGUCCCUGUCCCCAUCCCGCCCCCCAAGACAUUAAACAGCGACCUCGAGACAA